AUGCAUUUCAUAUCGUGCCUCGUUCCCGUCCUUUUGGCUUUGGCAGGUAAAUCUGCUGCUGACUGCGUGUCAUAUGGAUAUGAUUUUGUCAAUAAUGGAGGACCUUACUGCAUCAACACCACCUCCACAGCCUAUUUCGCAUUCGGCACAGAAUUCUUUGGCUGUCAACCGAGCGACGUUCAAGGCUCUGUCACGCCAAUUCUGGUUGACCCAAACAGUGAUGAAUUCUUCUGCUCCGACAUUGCCGUUCAGCCAGAUGGGGAAGAUAUGGUGUCUAUAUGCAACGUCGACGGAAACCAGGUGACGAAGAACAACAUGAUCUCUGGUGACUGGACAAUCGUCAUCGAAGGCUUGACAUUUGCAUGGAUGAGAUCGUUUUCGAUCAUUGCGGCGCCACCAGUCGUUGUGACAACCACUCCUACUGCCACAUUCACCGUCACAUCUACCCCGUCCACCACCAUCACGACCACCAUCACCAACACCUUUUCGACCACUGCAACUCCUUCUACCGUUACGGUACCCACCACGACCACGACAAGAACUAUAACCACCACCCCUUCCCAAAUCACGGUAUACUCGACGUCGACCAUAACCCGGACACGCACCAGCAGAGUGUUUUCUAAAACCAUCUCGACCACUACCGUCACCACAUCGUGUAAAACGCAGCCGCCGGCAAAAGAUCCCACAUGUACCAUUCGGCCUACGAAGGCCACACUUGCCGCCAGCAACGAGUCCCUCACUAUUCUCCCACGCAUGCGCCAGUUCGGAAAGCACAACGGGAACGGGGAUAGGCGAGCCAUUGAACGAAGACAGGACACUGGGGUGGACACCGGCCCAGAUCAAUGUACUACGACUGUUGUGGAUACAGCGGACGCUGUCUCUUCAUACACGACAAUAACAGCCCCUACAAGCACUGAAAUUGACACGGAGAAUGCGACGACAACGACCACAGUCACGCCUCCGCCCGUAACGGCAUACUCAGGAAAGGCAAAGACAACCAUCACUGUCACAGCCCCGACGCCUACGCGCACACGUACCACCCGUACUUAUCAGACAGUUUGGACCACCUCCACAGUCUGGGCAACAGUCACGUCCACAGUCAAGACGUCGCCCUCUGGUUGGGUCUGUGCUACGUCUGCCGGCAUUGUCGGGCUUUGA